AUGUCGUCGUCGUCGCCAUCACCGACAGGGGAUGAGAGGAGGUGGACAGCUGGAAAGGGCGGAGUCAACGAUGAGGAGGAGGAGCUUCACGGAGGGAAAGCGGAAACGAGUACACAAUACACGAGUGCCGUUCAAAAUGACAAAGAUGUGAGUGGCCGAUUAGAUCGCACUCAUAGCCAGUGUCCCUCAACGACCAACAUCGACAGCAGCCGCCGGCUGAUUCCUUGGGGAGUUUCAAUCUCGGCUUAA